AUGGCGACGCGAAAGAUGGAUUCGGACGGCGCGCACGGACGCAGGGUGGCGCUCGUGCCGCUCGGGACGUACAACGACGAUCCGUGCGUGGUGAUGACGGUGAGCGAGGACGGAAUGCGAGGUGGGCAGACGUGUGCGUUACCGAGCGCGGCGGUGGAGGAGGACACGCUGUUAGAGAGCGCGAGCGUGGCGACGACGAGCGCGGCGAGGCGGGCGGAGAAGGCGCUGUUCGGAACGUCGAGCGAAGGAUCGAGAGGCGGAAGGGGUGAUUUCUUAGGAGCCUCGCACGACGUCGCGGACGUGAAGGGACGGACGAUUGUGACGCCGGUGUUGGCGUAUUUAGGGGAGAUCGCGGACCUCGUUCGAGGGCGCUCAGACGUCGCGGCGAUUUCGCUGUCGACGCUCAUGUCGCUCGAGGGCGUGGCGGCGGAUCCGAAGGGGGAUGGCGUUCGGUUCGUCGGCACGCUUUCGGCGCGAGGUUUGGAGGGUUAUGAGGCACAGGUGUUACACAACGCCCUGCGCGUCGUCGCCGGCCCGAACAGGGCGUACAAGGAGGCGCUGUACGAUCAAUUCGUUCCCGGAUACGUGCGGCAGUCGCCGCCAGCACCGCCGUCGCCGUACGCCAAGACAGACGGCCACGAUCGCGCCAUGGGGUGA